ACACACACACACACACACACAGAGCGGCUCUCUCCUGACCUAAAAAAAAUAAAUAGGAAUACGAAAUAAAUUAUACUUUGAGUUUACGUAUUCUCUCUCUCUCUCUCGCAAUUCCCUCGACUCAUCCAUUUCGGAAGACUUCCCCCUCUCUCUCUCUCUCUCUAUCUCUCUAGUCUCACACACUCUAAUUCAACUCUAAAAUCCUAUUUGAUUUUCUCCAAAAAAAAACCACAUCUGUUUGAAAAUUUUUUGCAAUUGUAAACAGUUAGCCUUACAAUUACUUUUGUCAUGGACGCCAAUCCGCAGUACGGGCCGAGGACGGUGGAGGAGGUUUUUAGGGAUUUCAGGGGUCGCCGAGCUGGCUUAAUUAAAGCCCUCACUACUGAUGUUGAACGUUUCUAUCAGCAAUGCGACCCUGAGAAGGAAAACCUUUGCCUAUAUGGACUUCCAGAUGAGCAGUGGGAAGUUAAUUUGCCUGCUGAAGAGGUGCCUCCAGAGCUACCAGAGCCUGCUCUUGGCAUAAACUUUGCUCGAGAUGGCAUGCAGGAGAAAGAUUGGCUGUCAUUGGUUGCCGUUCACAGUGAUGCAUGGUUGCUUGCUGUUUCUUUCUACUUUGGCGCCAGAUUUGGUUUUGACAAAGCUGAUAGGAAAAGACUUUUUAAUAUGAUAAAUGAUCUGCCUACAGUAUUUGAAGUGGUGACUGGGACUGUGAAAAAGCAAUCAAAGGAGAAGUCAUCAGUAUCGAAUCACAGUAGCAACAAAUCUAAGACAAACUCAACGCAGCGCGGAACUGAUGCCCAAGCCAAGUAUGCAAGAGCAUCUCUUAAAGAUGAAGAUGAUGAUGGUCUUGAGGAGGAAGAUGAAGAUCACGGCGAUACUUUAUGUGGUGCAUGCGGAGAGAACUAUGGCGCAGAUGAAUUCUGGAUAUGCUGCGACAUCUGUGAGAAGUGGUUCCAUGGGAAGUGUGUGAAGAUCACCCCUGCUAGAGCUGAGCACAUUAAGCAAUACAAGUGCCCAUCUUGUAGCAACAAGAGAUCACGCCCUUGACAUUGGUUGGUUUAGUGUAUCCAGAGUAGUUUGAAAUCAAAAUUAUUCUAAUCAUCGCGUGUUAGGUCAAGUACUGGUGGUCAGCAGUGGAAAUAUGUUGUGUGUCUAAAAUUUUCGGAGUAUUCAAGUUUAGGAUUCAUGUUCACAUCUAUUGUUUAGUCAGUUUUCAGACUCAAAUGGUGGUGUUUACAUCAAUUGUUUAGCUUACGGACUAAAAAUGGUGGUUUAAUGUGUAAUGUUGAUGUUAACUUUCAGCAUUUUCGCUUUCUCCUACCCUUUUUCGCCAUGUUUAUGCAUGCACUGCUUGG